GAGAGAUUCAUUUUCCGGCGAAACAAACCAGAAAAAACCAAAAUGUUUAUCGAGAGUUUUAGGGUUGAGUCCCCAAACGUAGAGUACACUGAGAAUGAGAUUCACUCCGUGUACACCUACGAGACCACUGAGCUUGUCCAUGAGAACAGAAAGGGCACAUAUCAGUGGAUUGUUAAACCCAAGUCUGUCAAAUACGAAUUCAAGACUGAUGUCCAUGUCCCCAAACUAGGGGUAAUGCUUGUUGGAUGGGGUGGAAACAACGGCUCAACCCUAACCGCUGGUGUUAUUGCUAAUCGAGAAGGAAUCUCUUGGGCAACCAAGGACAAGGUGCAACAAGCCAAUUACUUCGGCUCACUCACGCAAGCCUCGUCAAUCCGUGUUGGGUCUUUCAAUGGGGAAGAGAUUUAUGCUCCAUUCAAGAGCCUUCUUCCCAUGGUGAACCCUGAUGACAUUGUGUUUGGGGGUUGGGACAUAAGUGACAUGAACUUAGCAGAUGCGAUGGCCAGGGCUAGAGUCCUGGACAUUGAUCUGCAAAAGCAACUCAGGCCUUACAUGGAGUCGAUGAUCCCACUCCCUGGUAUCUAUGAUCCUGAUUUCAUUGCUGCUAAUCAAGGUUCGCGUGCAAACAACGUGAUCAAGGGGACUAAGCAGGAACAAGUCCAGCAGAUCAUCAAAGACAUUAGAGAGUUCAAGGAGAAGAACAAAGUGGACAAGGUGGUCGUGCUGUGGACCGCCAACACUGAGAGGUACAGUAGUGUGAUUGAGGGGCUAAACGACACCGUUGAGAACCUUUUGGGUUCGGUGGAGAAGAAUGAAGCUGAGAUAUCCCCUUCCACCUUGUAUGCCAUAGCUUGUGUGAUGGAAAAUGUCCCUUUCAUAAAUGGAAGUCCACAAAAUACUUUUGUCCCAGGGCUCAUCGAUUUGGCUAUUAGGAGGAACACUUUGAUUGGUGGGGAUGACUUCAAGAGUGGUCAGACCAAAAUGAAAUCUGUUCUUGUUGAUUUUCUAGUUGGAGCUGGUAUCAAGCCAACAUCAAUUGUGAGCUACAACCAUCUUGGAAACAAUGAUGGUAUGAAUCUUUCAGCUCCACAAACCUUCAGGUCCAAGGAAAUCUCCAAGAGCAAUGUUGUGGAUGAUAUGGUCUCGAGCAAUGGCAUCCUGUUUGAGCCUGGUGAGCACCCUGAUCAUGUUGUGGUGAUCAAGUAUGUGCCCUAUGUGGCGGAUAGCAAGAGAGCUAUGGAUGAGUACACAUCUGAGAUAUUCUUGGGUGGGAAGAACACCAUUGUGAUGCACAACACCUGUGAGGACUCCCUCUUGGCUGCUCCUAUCAUUCUGGAUUUGGUUCUGCUUGCUGAGCUGAGCACUCGUAUUCAGCUAAAAUCUGAAGCUGAGGCAAAGUUCCACUCUUUCCAUCCUGUGGCUACUAUUCUGAGUUACCUCACCAAGGCACCUCUUGUUCCACCGGGAACACCAGUGGUGAAUGCACUCUCAAAGCAGAGGGCAAUGCUUGAGAACAUACUGAGGGCUUGUGUUGGCUUGGCUCCAGAGAACAACAUGAUCUUGGAGUACAAAUGAAGCAAUCUAGCCAGCUAGAGAUAUUCGAAGAUUCAAGUGAUUCGAAUUCAAACUGUUCAACUAAUCACCCUCGCUCUCGCUCUCCCUCUCUCUUUUAUUUAGUGUGUUGUUCACAGAUGGUUUGAGUAGUCUUUCAAUUUUCUAUGUGGAGAAUGUUUCCAUGGCAUGUGUAGUGCAGUUGCUUCUAGCUCCUUCAGAAGCAAAGCAACUCUUUUGUAAUGGAAAUAUAUAGAUAAUAUUGGACAGUCUAAUUAUGUGCCUGA